AUGUCGAACGAAGAAUUGCCAAAAGGAUGGGAAAAGCGAUUGAGCAGAUCUACCGAAAGUCAAUGGGACGUUCCAAUUAAACCAGCACAGCCUUGCGACAAUGGUGAUGAACCCGAAGAGGUUCAGUGCUCUCAUAUUCUUGUAAAACAUGCUAAUUCAAGGCGGCCUGACUGCAGUUCUGCAAAACGUGGUGGCGAUUUGGGUCCAUUUGGACGUGGAGCUAUGCAGAAACCAUUUGAACAAGCGGCUUUUGCAUUAAAAGUCGGUGAAUUAUCUACUCCAGUUGAUACAGAUAGUGAAUUUCCAGAAUUUCCUAUUGUCGGAGGUGGUUGUCUCAGGGCUUUGUGCCAAAUAUCGGAAAGCUGUUGUUCCGGUGCUAUCGCGUAG